AUGUUUCCACGGGCUGGCAAAGCCAAAGAUGGCAAAAGACCGAACUGGUUUGAACGGCUCAGGGGCAGCUCACAAUCCAAACUGCAGCACCAGCAAGAGCCGCUCGCGCCUCUCAAACCACGACCAGACAUGUCUGAUAUUACAGGCAUAAGUCUAGAGGAAAUAUGCAAAGUGUGCUACAAUCUCGACCCAAGCCAGGCUCCAGCAAGUGGGCCGCCAGUCAAAAAUGGCCCUUCGUUGCUUUCGUGGGCUGCUCGGGAGUACAAUUUACCUGCAGGAUCGUCAGUUGCUAAAAUAACUAUAGAUAAGUCGCAUAUUUUACUCGACUCUGCCCAAGGCUGCUUUUUCUGCGCCAUAAUUUCCACGGCCCUCUCGACGGCGCAGCCUGGAUGGGAAGCCGAAGACACAGUCAUUCGCAUCAAUCUAGCACCAAACGUGCCUGUGACUGUGCAAUUGCAGUAUGGCCAUUAUGGCACUUCCAGUGGUGAUACCAUGGGAUUUGAGGUCCCCAUGCACUUCGAAUAUAUUAUCCAGACUGGGACGCCAAAGCCAACAACAGAGAUAGAAAUAUACCGACCUCGUCUGUGUGGUAGUAGUGGUAAAGCUCCUGACAGAGGGGAGCUCAUUUCUGGCCUUCUAGAGCCUAUGGGCUUUGGUGAAGAGAUAGCAUCCCAUGCUGGUGAUGACACUUGCGUUGAGUUCAUCAAAGAGCAUGUAGAAAACUGCAUCAGAGAGCAUAAUUGUGGAGGGAAUGACGGACAUUCGGCAUUGCCAUUGCUCCCUGAUCGCAUCAUCUGGAUCCAAGGAGGAAACAUAAGGGACAUUCGGCUUGUUGAGCCGAAGAAUACCCGUGCUAAUUACCUUGCUCUAAGCUACUGCUGGGGCUUGGUAACAGCAGAUACAUACCUCACGGACCAGUUUACAGUAGGCUCGAGGAAGACUACUAUAGACUAUAAUGCUCUGCCGCCUCUACUCCAAGAUGUGGUUCGAAUUGCCUGUCUGCUUGGUAUUGAGUAUAUUUGGGUAGAUCGAUUGUGUAUUAUCCAAGGUGACAACAGCGACUUCAAGAAACAGGCUCCCAAGAUGGGUGAUAUAUACGGCAAUGCUACCUUAACAAUUGCUGCGGCCUCUGCCAGCUCCGAGAACGACCAUAUACUGGUUGAACGGGAUGCUAAAUGGAAAUCUUCUGGCAUAAGCCUUACCCUGGAAGGGCUCGGCACUUUGGACUUGAAAACCCGGCGACGAUCACAUAAAUUAGGUACAGAGGAUCAGGGUGGUGAUUAUGGAAGGGUGUCUACACGGGCUUGGGUCUGGCAGGAGAGACUCCUAUCUGCGCGAACCGUGUUUUUUACCUCCCAUGCCCUAAAGUUUGAGUGUCACUGCCACUCUAUCUGGGAAGGCUUUGAUCAAGGUAUAUCCGGUAAUUCUUGGUCCAGCAACCUAGAGAAGGUAUCCAUUGAUUCGUGGCUGGAACUAGUGGAUGAAUUCAUGCGUAGGGACAUAACAUACGCUUCUGAUCGGCUCCCGGCUAUUGCAGCGGUUAUGAAUCGCAUUGAGAAGCGGAAAGGCUGGACAGCUUUUUGGGGUUUAUGGAAACACGCCAUUGUCGAAAGCCUGGGUUGGAAGAGGGAACGCAUCCUUGUGAAGUGA